AUGUUUGCUUCUAGAGCUUCCGUUUUGCCUAGGUGCUGCAGAAGCACGAGGAUACCCCGGGGUCGCUAUUUUCAUGACCUGCCUGGCUCUUCUCAGAGCAAAUUCCUGAAGGUAUCAGAAGAGGUCCGCGAUGCUGUUGCAACGGGCAAGCCGGUUGUCGCGUUAGAAACGACCAUUUAUACUCAUGGCUUCCCAUAUCCUGACAACAUUGCUUUGGCAUCACUAUUGGAGUCUGUCGUUCGAGCCAACGGUGGAGUUCCUGCAACUAUAGGUGUGCUCGGAGGUAUUGCCCGUGUUGGUAUGAGUGCAGAAGAAAUCAUGGAACUUGCCUCGACGGCCGAGAAGAAGACUGCACUGAAGGUUUCUAGGAGAGACUUGGGCUACAUCUGUGGAAUGGGUCUUGCUGGAAAGCCCAUUCACGGUGGUACCACAAUUUCCGGCACUAUGAUUCUAUCCCAGCUUGCUGGUAUCAAGAUCUUUGGAACAGGUGGACUAGGUGGUGUUCACCGUGGUGGUGAAUAUUCUAUGGACAUUUCCGCCGACCUGACAGAGCUGGGACGGACUCCAGUAACGGUCAUUAGUUCUGGGUGCAAGAGCUUUUUGGAUAUCCCUCGCACACUAGAGUAUCUUGAGACUGAGGGUGUCUGCGUGGGUACCUUUGCUGAUGGACGUGAGGGCUCUGUCGAUUUCCCAGCUUUCUUCACUCGCGACAGUGGGUUUCGCAGUCCGCGAGUUAUUCAGAAUGAAGCCGAAGCUGCUGCGAUAGUUUACGCGCAAUCCAAGCUUCCUGUCACCUCUGGAAUCCACUUCGCCAACCCCGUGCCAUUAGAGGCCUCUGUUCCCAAGCCCGAGAUGGAUGCCGUAAUUGAAGAGGCCGUUCGCCUUGCAGAUGUGGAGGGUUAUCAUGGUAGUGAUAAUACUCCAUUUGUUCUCGCUAAGAUUAAGGAGUUGAGCGGCGGAAAGAGUGUGAUUGCCAACCGUGCUCUUAUCGAAUCCAAUGUCAAACGUGCGACUCGCGUUGCCGUGGAACUAGCUAAACUCGAGGAACUUGACCGAGGAAAUGCAACUCGACACAUGCCUGCAUCUCCAAACAUUCCUCGGUCAGACCAAAAUCUCUCGGCGCAGCGAACACCCGAGCCCGUCCUGGAAGCCCCUCAGGCGCCUAAGCAGAUCGUUUCUGAGACACAAAACGCGGAUGUCGUGGUUGCCGGCUCCCUUGCCAUUGAUCUGUCCUGCGACUACACCCCAUUCAGUGACGAGAGCGUCCAGGUGACGCCUGUACCACACACUUCUAACCCUGCCGUCAUCGGCCAGAGCCUGGGAGGUGUCGGCCAUAAUGUCGCACUGGCAGCCAGCUAUGUGGGCAGCGAUGUACUCUUUUGUAGCGUUAUAGCAGAUGACCUGAGCGGUCGAGCAGCACUCGCAUCCCUCGAGACUGAAGGUCUUAGCACUACAGGUAUUCAAGUUCUUCCACCAAAAUCUGGUACUCGCACGGCACAGUACAUCGCCAUCAACGACGCAAAAAAGGAUCUCCUUGUUGCGAUGGCCGACAUGGGCAUCGUCGAGCUACCGGAGAAGCAGCUCGAUUUCGACGGGUUCUGGGAACCUUUACUCCAGCAAACGAAACCGAAAUGGGUUGUCGUUGACGCGAACUGGCGCCCGGAGGUCCUAGCAAAAUGGGCCACCCUUGCCAAGAAGCACGGUGCUCGCGUUGCUUUCGAACCUGUCUCUACUGCUAAAUCUCGUCGCUUGUUUGCCCAUGAUGGCACCGGCCCGGUUAUCGGUCCUUCACAAAUUGUCCCCAACCACGCUAUUAGCCUCGCCUGUCCCAACCGUCUCGAAUUGGCUGCCAUGUACACAGCUGCCCGUGAAUCCCUGGUCUUCGAUUCUCCGGGGUGGUGGGGCGUCAUUGACGCCAUGGGCAUGUCGCAGAGUGGCUCCCGGGAACGUCUCGUCUACCUCACCUCAGCCGCCCUGGUCGAUGAAGGUCUUCCCCAGCAAUCUAUCCAACUUCUUCCGUUUAUCCCUUGUAUUGUCACAAAGCUGGGUGAGGCCGGCGCACUUUUGACGCAGCUUUUGCCUCCUGGUGACUCGCGUCUUACAGACCCUGAUUAUGCGCCGUAUAUCCUUGCCCGGGCAUCCUCGUCUCCGGAUGUAUCGUUCGGUGGAGUUUACAUGCGUCUAUUCCCACCAGCUGCUAAAUUGUCUCCCGAGGAUAUAGUUAGCGUUAAUGGUGCCGGUGAUACCUUGUUAGGUGUUGUUGUGGCUGGCUUGGCAAAGAAGAACUCCGCUAUGCGUAUUGAGGACGUUCUUCCUGUGGCACAGGAAGCGAGCCGGCGAACUCUCGCAAAUGCUGGGGGUGUAAGUAAGGAACUUAUGGGCCUUCGGGGCUCUUUGGGAGUAUGA